CUGAAAUGGAUGUGCGAAGGUCAAUCGUAUUUUCGAGUAAUAAAACUGUUGAGAUCAUUUUUACCAAUUUUAAGUCCUAAUUUCAAUACUAUGGAAUCCUGGGACGACGAAAAUUUCGAACCUCCAACCAUAACCCCAACUACGGGGGUUUCCACGAAUAAGUGGGAAGGCGAAGAUGAGGAUGACGAUGUUAAGGACAAUUGGGAAGAUGAAGAUGAGGAGAAAGAAAAGGAGCCAGACAAAGAACAAAAGGUUGAAGAGGUUAAGAAAAAGAAAAAACCUUUAGCAGAGAGAAUAGCAGAAAAAGAGCGCCUUAAAAGAGAGGAGAUGGAGAAACGCCUUAGAGAACUUGAAGAAGAAGAGGUCUCACCUGAAGAGAAACUUCGCCGACAAAAAGAAUCUGAUCUUAAAUUGGCAUUGGAAACUACCUUUGGAGGUGAACAAACUGGUGGAAUUGAUGGACUCAGUCUACCAACCUCUAAGGAAGAGUUUGAAGAAUUUACUGAAAGUUUAUCUAAGAAAUUAUUGCCCCUAUCCAAGAGUGUUGAGUACCCCAACUUCACAGAAGGAUUAAUUAGAAAUUUAUGUGCCACUAUGUCAUCAUUAGAUAUUAAAAAAAUUAAGAACACAUUAGAUAAUUUAUAUUUGGAAAAGCAAAAAAUUGAAAAAGGAGAAAAACCUAAGAAGAGCAAAGGAAAGGGCAAAGCUAAACUCAAAAUGGAGGGAGAUAAUCAACUCUCACAACUUUCUGCUUAUGUUAAUGACUACGAGGACUAUGAUGAUUUUAUGUAGCAAACAGGUACACAUUAGAUAGGAUUUUAAUUAUUAUCUUAAUAAAUACUACUGUUACAUACAAUGCUGUAUUUUUAAUACCAUGUAAAGGGUGUAAUGUAUUUUAUUAAGAAUGCAAUAUAUUUUUUUUGGUUUG